AUGCCAGGGGCGCUUGGAGGGAGAGACCUUUGGGACAGGAAAACUAACUUUGGAAGUCUGGGCCCUGGGAAGGGAAGUCAGCCUGUGAGCAGCUUACCUGUGGUUGUAAAACACUGCUCUGCGUGUUCUUUCCUCAGCGUUGGGCCGCCCGUGGAAGAUCCGGACAAGGCUCAGGCAAAAAAGCCCAAAUCAGUGGAACUAGAGAUCCGGAAGGAGGUAGCUAAGGGCUACAGGGAUGAUCCACUACAAGUGCCAAAAAGAUUUGAAUUUAUAAUUAAGAACCAAAAUCCAGACUGGGAAGAUGUGGAUUUGCUACUAGGGGAAAUGACAGAAACUAGGAGGCAGCUGGUCUUAAAUACAGCCCAGGUACAGGGAGCUGAAACAUCAGAAGAGGGCUUACGCCAGUUCCACCAGGCACUGCUUGCCCUCCACGAGCAAGAAAACAAGCCGAGAAGCUCGGAAAAAGGCCUUUCUCCACUGACAGAGGCCAUGGAGAGGGAGAUUGCUGCCGCAUUUGCCGGGGGGGAGCCGAACGAAGUUAUCAGCAGCGCCUUUAAAAUUAACAUCACACGUGAGGACAUCUGCACGCUGAGGCGCCUCUGCUGGUUAAAUGAUGAGGUGAUUAACUUCUACAUGAUGCUCCUCAUUGAAAGAAGCAAGAAGGCAGGAUAUCCAACCCUGCAUGCCUUCAGUACCUUUUUCUACCGGAAAUUAGUGUCUGGGGGUUACCAAGCGGUGCGCAGGUGGACGAGAGGAGUAGAUCUUUUUAAGCAAGACCUUGUCCUCGUCCCCAUUCACUUGACAGACCACUGGACACUAGCAGCCAUAGACAUGCGAAAGAAGACCAUCAAAUACCUCGACUCACUGGGCCAAAAAGGGGACAAGAUCUGUGCAACUCUGUUCCAAUACCUGCAAGAAGAAAGUCGAGAAAAGAGAAAGAUGGAGCUGCCUUUUUCAGAAUGGACUCUCCGCAGCAUGGAGCCGCAUGAAAUCCCCCAGCAAUUUAACAACAGUGACUGUGGCAUGUUCCUGUGCAAGUAUGCAGAUUACAUCUCGCAAGACAAGCCUCUUGCUUUCACACAGAGUCACAUGCCUUAUUUCCGCAGGAGGAUGGUCUGGGAAAUACUACAUCAAGAGCUUCUCUGA